AGGAAGCCAGCCGUGGUGCAUUCUGGGAUAGAAAAUGGCUACCGGGGUUGUUAGCUAAAGCUAACCUACGGCGCAUCAGUGUGUGGAUAAAUGUAGAUAUAUUUUGUUGUGUUGCCAAGGUGUUUGUGAUUAACUACUACCAUGUCAACAAAACCAGAGUGCAGAGUGUCCAGUUCCAGGACAGAUGACAAGAGCCGAGGAAGAGAAAAGAAAAAGCGGAAACGAAGCCGGAGUAGAUCAUCCUCCUCCUCGUCCUCCUCUUCCACGUCAUCGUCAUCCUCAGCAUCCUCGUCAUCUUCUUCCUCAUCGACCGGCUCGUCACAUUCGUCCAUUCGCAGCCGGAGUAGUUCCAGAAGUAGUGACUCCCGCAGUAAGUCCAGAAAACAGUCUAAGAAAAGGAAAAAGGACAAACACAAAAAACAGAAGGGCAAGAAAGAGAAGCGACACAAACGUAAAAAGGACAAGAAAUCAAAAGGCGGGGAAGACAAUUCUGGGCCUGUUCAGAUCUCUAAGUACUUGAAGGAGAGGAAGAAAGGCGGCAAGUACAGCAUGAUUUCAGGAAAGAAGAUCAAGAUGAAAGUAAAGAAGUCAAAGAAAGAUAAACAGCGGGACAAAAAUCGAGCCGAACUUCUGGAAUUCUUGAACUCUACCUUGUGAUUCCACUGUGGAUACAGCAGCCGACCUCAGGAAACGGACUGUCCAGGAGUAAAUAAACAUUAUUUACAAUGUGCAGCAUAAAGAGCUGAUACUGUAAUAGCAAGACUGAAUUCAAACCAACCUGUCUAAAUUAGAUGUUGUUUCUUAUGACCAUAUGCACUCGCUGGCCGUUACAAUAGGUACAACUGCACAAUCCAAUCAAAAUGAUGUCAUAGCAAAGAUAAAAACGCUCGGAUGUACCUAAUGAAGUGGUUAGUGAGUGUCCCUGCCACGUGUCACUACUGUGUCAGUAAGUACCUUUCUAUAAUAGUUUCUAAUGUGACAUUGAUGCAUUCCCUGUGUAGUAUAUAUCGGUGGAUUCAUUUGAAUAAUGACUGUUUGAACUGAUCCAAUGCAUUCAUGGAGCUGUCAGACAAAAAAUAAAUCAAAUGUUCCAUGUUUUA